AUGGAGAGCCAUUAUGAGCUCGCAGAGGCAAGAUGGUUUAUGUCAAAGAUUCAGGAUUAUUUUAGAGGUGGAAAAAUCAGCGCUGGAAUUACUCACAAACUGCUCGAGAAACUUGAUUUCCCAUGCCAUUUUGCUCAUGUGAAACGUAUUUUUAAGGAAAAUGACAGACAAAACCAAGGAAGAAUCACCAUCGAAGAGUUUAGAACCAUUUAUCGGUAUAUUGUACAUAGAGAAGAGAUCGUUGAGAUUUUCAACACGUAUACUGAAAACAGGAAAAUUCUCCCUGAGGACAGUCUGAUUGAAUUUCUAACCCAAGAGCAGUAUGAAAUGAAGAUGGAUGAGUUCAGUUCAGUGGAGAUCAUCGAGAAGUACGAGCCCAUUGCAGAAGUAAAGAACGAGCGGCAGAUGUCAAUUGAAGGUUUUGCAAGAUACAUGUUUUCUUCAGAAUGUCUACUGUUUAAAGAGACGUGUAACACAGUGUACCAAGAUAUGAAUAAGCCACUAAAUGAUUAUUAUAUUUCAUCGUCUCACAACACAUAUUUGGUAGCUGAUCAAAUAUUGGGACCAAGUGACAUUUGGGGAUAUAUAAGUGCCCUCGUGAAAGGCUGCCGCUGUCUGGAAAUUGACUGCUGGGAUGGAGCACAAAAUGAACCCAUUGUGUACCAUGGCUACACUCUCACCAGCAAGCUUCUCUUCAAAACCGUUAUCCAAGCAAUAAACAAGUACGCCUUCGUGACGUCUGAUUACCCAGUGGUGCUGUCCUUAGAGAAUCACUGCUCCCCUGGUCAACAGGAAGUGAUGACCGACAUUCUGCAGAGUACCUUUGGAGACUUCCUGCUCUCAGACAUGCUUGACGAGUUUCCAGACAGUCUGCCAUCUCCAGAGGCACUGAAAUUUAAAAUAUUAGUGAAAAAUAGGAAAGUUGGAACCUUAUUCGAAACCCGCGAGAGGCUGGGGACUGACAAAAGGGGCAUAGCGCUAGACUUUGAAGAAGCAAACUAUGAAAAUGAAGACGAAGACUCAGGAAAGGAGCCAGAAACGUGGGAUGUCUUCCUAUCACGGGUCAAGGAAGAGCAGAAGGCAGACCCCUCAACGUUGAGCGGAAUAGCAGAUGCCAAGAAAAAGAUCAGGAAGCUAAGAGUAGCUCUGUCCUUAUCUGAUCUUGUCAUUUAUACUAAAGCUGAGAAGUUCCGAAACUUCCAAUAUUCAAGAAUCUAUCAGCAGUUUAAUGAGACCACUUCUAUGGGAGAGUCUCGAGCUCGAAAACUUUCAAAAUUGAGAGCCCAUGAGUUUAUUUUCCACACUGCAGCGUUCGUCACCAGAGUGUACCCCAAGUUCACGAGAGCAGACUCUUCUAAUUUUAAUCCUCAAGAGUUUUGGAAUGUGGGCUGUCAGAUGGUGGCCUUGAAUUUUCAAACCCCUGGACUGCCUAUGGAUUUGCAAAAUGGGAAAUUUUUGGAUAAUGGAGGCUCUGGAUAUGUUUUGAAGCCAGACUUUCUUAGAGACACAACUUUUGGCUUUAACCCAAAUGAACCAGAAGGAGAUGGCCAUCCGGUUGCCCUCACGAUCCGACUCAUCAGUGGGAUCCAGUUGCCUGAUAACGGGUCCUCAAAUACAUCUGACAUAAUAGUGAUCAUAGAAGUCUACGGUGUCCCAAAUGACCACAUGAAGCAGCAGAGUCGUGCUGUUAAGAACAAUGCUUUUAGUCCAAGGUGGAACGAAACAUUCACAUUUCUUAUUCAAGUGCCAGAAUUGGCACUGAUACGUUUCGUUGUUGAAACUCAAGGCUUCCUAUCGGGAAAUGAAUUACUUGGGCAGUACACUUUACCCGUUCUUUGCAUGAACAAAGGUUAUCGUCGCGUGCCUCUGUUUUCCAAAUCCGGUGCGAACCUUGAACCUUCCUCUCUGUUUAUUUACGUUUGGUACUACAGAGAGUGA